AUGGGGCGCGACGACGACGACGACGACGACGACGCGCGCGUCGCGGCGGCGGUGGAGGAGGUGUCGCGCGCGCGUGAUGCGGACGCCGUGGCGAGAGCGAUCGAGAUCGUCCGUCGAGCGGUGGAACGCGAGGACGCGUUCGGUGAACGCGCCGUGGAGACGUACCUGGCGCGGUCGCCGGAUUUCGCGGAUGUUUUGACGAUAUGGGAUGGGUAUCACGCGAAUCACGCGCAGAAGGUGUGCGUGCCGCUGUUGAGGAUGUGCGGAGCGAUGAUGCGGCGGGCGAGGGACGUGGAUGGGGAGCGGGGGACGACGCGCGAGCGGUUGGCGCUCGAUUCGCUCGCUCGGGCCAUCAUGACGCGACGAAUGCGGCACAUUUAUAGUCACCUGGGAAGCGGGAUCAGGGUGCGGGUGAACGCGGCGUUUGUCGUGCUCGCCGCCAUCGCGGGACGGGGGAAGCGGUGUGCGGCGGAGUUAUUUCGCACGUUUGAUUUCUCGCUCGCGGCGCUGCCGAAACUCGCGUCGCCGCCGCGAGACACACGGGCAAAAGAGGGCGCGAUCGUGAAGAGAAGAAAAGAGCCGAAGGACGUCAUGUCUGGUUCGACGCGUAGGGGGUUUUGUGAGUUCGUCUUGGCGUUUUUCACAGUGAAAGACAGGGCGCUGUUACGCCCGGUGUUGGCGCAACGCGUCUUGUUUGGAAACGUCGCGCGAUUCAUCGCGGGCGACGAGGCGGAGAUGCAGCUCCGAGUCUUACGAGUCAUCGAACACGACGUCAUGUCGAACGAAAUUGGUGUCCCGGCAAGAUUACGCGCAGCUCUGUUCGGAGACGUCAGUCUCGAACAACUCGCGACGAUAGCUGGACAAAGCGAGGACGUACACGCCGCGGAUGGGAAAGCGGCGCUCGCCGCGACGAGCGUGCUCGUGAAGCUCUUGACCGACCCUGCGCACGGAUUGAUACCCGAAAAGUCUGGAGUGGUCUCCAAGAAGUGCGCCACGGUCGUUCGACUCUUGCAAAAGCUUCGACCGAUCGAGUGCGACGCGCAUUUGAAAAUUCUACUGAGCGCAUGCGAGACGCACCCGUUGUUGGCGUCAAUGUAUCUUCCGGGCGCAAAGUUCACGCUUGAUCCGCGAUUAUCGGCGCACUGGCUGACCAGCGCGAGUGUGUUGGGUAGGAUUUCCGUUGCCGCAGGGCGCGAUGUCGCAUCUACCGAGGUGGCGGCUCGUCUAGAUGGCGCAAACACGGUCGGUGAAGCCGAGGGGUCAGCUUUCAUCAAAGCCGUCAUUCCUCCCGGGAUGACAAAACAGACGCUCUCAAAAGGACUGGCGCACACGUCGCCCGUGAUUCGACAUGCAACGUUGUGUCUGAUGCUCAACGUCACAAGAGCGAUCAGGUCGAGACUGGCUCACUUGAAUAUAGCGAUCGCAGGGGGGCGAGUGCGAGCGAGUGAACGUGUUUGGAAGUUGGAGGAACUCGCAUCGAACGCCCGCCUCGCGACGACGACGUUCCUUCCCGAAGUUCAAUCCAUCAUGGCAGCGUACACGGCGAGUAAGAGUGCGAAGGAGGGAACGAAAGAGUGGACCGCGGCAUUGUUAAUGCGCUGUCACGCUCUGAAUGCCAUUUCAGCGCAGGUUCGCGCCGUCCCGGAGGCCCUCGUGGACGCAAAGGUUGAUUUCAACAAGCUUCUGCCGUCGAACGACCCAACGAGUUUGCCCUCCACUGAACUUGCCGCCGUCAUCGAUGUACUGUGCGCGGCGAGAGGACUGAGCGAAUCAGACGAGGAUGAUAACGUUCCAUCAUCGUCGUCGUUUCAAGACUCAGGGGUAAAUCAAGGCCACCUCCUGUCGGUAUUUCGCGUCGUGAUAUUCGCGACCUCCGUCGAGGCGCGCGCAGCAGCGAGACGACUGGCAAAGCAUUACUUGGUGACUUCCGGUUCAUUGGACGAUCGCUCAUCGGAAGCAGACGUGUGGAUAGACAAGCUCACGUCGUUCCGAGCGAACGGUUUCGAGCACUCACGAGAACUUUUGAUGUCGUGCACUGAAUUCUUAGCUGAGGCCACCACGGCAGCGACGCGACGAAGAUUCAAGCACGAUUCGGAGGUUCAACGGGUACUACGAGAUUCGAACGACGCGCGUCCAACCCGAUUCAGCAUCAAUGAUCUCACCGAAAGUCAUCUUAGUGCGGCGACGCUCGCCGUGAGCUCACUCGCCAUGACGGCAUGUGAAAGCGUGGGCAAGGUGCUCAAGAGUGAGAAGCGCUCGCGAGAGUUUAAACUCGCUGUGAGCGCCUACGUAUCCUCCGUGAUGAUUUGUCUCGUUCAGACUAGCUACGAUCCGUGGGCUGUGGCGGUGUGCGCGCAACACGCACUUGGAGAUCAGGGUGAGGGCUAUUACCCAGCGAUGGAUUCGCUACAAGCUUUUACACGACGAUGUUUGGAGGAAAGCGUUCAAGAUUCACAGAGUGCUCGAAGAAAGCAUACGAGUAGGCACGGCACGUCGCCGCUUGAGUGGUCGUACGAAGCAUUAUCGCAAGCUCUGGACGAUUUGUACGCACUUUCUCCUGAAGAUAGGGGUCUCGCAUUGUUCUCCAUGCACGCGCAUGGUCCGAUGCUUGCGCCAUUUGGAGCAGACGUAGCGGCAAUGGCCAUUUUCGGUUCGUCGGAUGAGCUGGAUGAGAAUACGGCGUUACUAUUGUCUCUCGUGAAGAGCCUAGACGCCACCGCCGUCGUCACCGCGUGCUCAUCCGUCUCUGGACCGCUCUUGGGUGCAGACAUGAGUGAAGCGGCGCCGGCAAGCGAGCUGUGCGCAAGGGUGAUUACGAUGUGCCCAAAACGCGACCUCAUCCGAGUGACGAGAUCGCUCGUGUUUUGGUGCAAGUGGAAUCACGCGAGAGGCGAUGUGCGAACGGUAACUCGACUGAUUGAGCUUUGUCGAGUCGCUCUGAAUCGAGCGCGCUAUGAAAGCGAAAAUAUGUUGAGCGCCGUUCGCUUGUCGUUGUUCAGUACGACUUCGCUUUACGCCAUUUUAGACGAGUCCACGGAUCGUUCACUCGCGGACUUGGUCAUAUACGACGCGUACAUGAACUCAAGCGACCGUGAAAUGUAUUUACCGUACAUCCAGCGAUCAGUGGAUCGACUUCAUGCGGUGUUGCAUGAGCCCAACGUUGAGACAUCUGUCAACGUAGCGCUCAUUGCUUUAGCAACGAACGACGAAAAGCUCGAUCUUUUGGAGAAGUUUGAGCUUUCGGGUGCUACAUUGCUGGGUAUUCAAGUCGCCGACGUCGCUGGCUUCGCCGGGCCGAGCGCUCGCGUGCGUAUGCAAGCUGUACGUUACCUUGUUCGUAGCGCUCUGUCAUCAAGGCUGGAUGCAACGGGUGUCACGCAGGCGUGUCGGGUCGCUCAAAGAGCGCUCGACGCAUUACCCUCGGACGAAAUGUUAAUGGGACAGGCUCCAGACUUAGCCGUAGCCCCGGAGGCCUCGGAAUUGGUUCGUGUCGUCUUGAAGGAAUCAGAUGUAGAGGCCCGCGUGCAAUUGGCCGCAGCAUUUUUGGCGCAGUCCGACGCGCUCGCUUUACAGUUCAUCGUCGGUGCUGCCGCGAGGAUCUCAAAUGGUGAGGACAUCUUGCGAUUGUUACCGCUCGCUCGGGGCGCAAUGAGAUGGGACGCGUUAUAUCGAAUGUCGGAGCAUUCCAAGGUUGUCGCCGACGCGUACCGAGACUUUCUCAUGGACGAGUUUUUGUCGAAAGACGUGCUGUCGCCUUCUGUGAAAGAGCACGGUGUAGAGACACUGGUGUCGUGCAUCAAGAUAUCGCCCCUCGAGUUUGGCUCGGAACAACGCGAUCGUUUCAUCGAACGCGUGAUGCCGUCGACGGGAUGGGCGAUUCUCAGGCAUCCAGAUCACAUCGUCCGCGCGCGAGUGUCCAUGGGACUGUUUGCGAAAAGUGAAAGUAUCACCGAGCAAAUCAUGUUCUUGACGUCUACUUUACAGACCCUCGCGUUGUUCACACAGUCUACGAAUAUGAACGCGUCAAUGAGUCGAGAUGUUUCGUCUGAGAAGUUUCUCGCCGAAUGUCUUGCCAGCGUUCUCGACGGGCUUUUUGAGCGAGACGUCACAACGGUGCCCAUGAACAAGCGUUUGAUAGGAGAACUCAUCAGAGCGUCGCAGGCAUUCAUGAAGCAGUCCAUCGCGCACAAAUUCCGUGCACAUCGUCGUUUAGCAAUCAUGGGGCGAAUUUGCACCGUUUUACUCGGUUUUCAAACGACAGAGUUUGAGAUGCAAGCCGUUGCGGAGAGUAUCCUCUCUCAGAUUAUUUCGCAUCCUAUGUUUGAGCGCACGCUGACCGCAGUCAUCGGCGGUGGUGAUUCCGAACUUCCAGUAAACUUGCGUGAGAUGUCGGUUACGAUGAAGUCAAUAGUUGAGGCGGUGCGAGAGUCAUCUGCGCACGAAGAGAGGAGUGAACCCAACAACGCAAGCGCACUCAAAUUAGAAUUAUUGCGCGUGAUGCGACUGCUCUGGAAGUUGCAGGACGCGGACGGGAAGAACGGGAAGAACAAGUGCAUGAAGUGGCGUGCCAGUAACGCGCGCGUGAUAGUGAGUUUGGCAUCAGGCUACGGCGCGACGUUGAGCGAAGCGGAUUGCCUGACACAAGAGUUGAUGCUCGACAUUGAUGCGAGUACUGGCGGUGGAGUGUUGCGUUCAAUCGGAUAUCUCUGGGGCGAAUCGGUCACGCAUUUCGUGAAAACUACUAUAUCCGUUCGACGAAAUGAAGAUACGGGCUACGACGUUGACGACUUAUUGUACUCCCAUCCGUCCCCAGCUCUUGUGGCUUCUGCCAUUCGCGAAGGCUCUCCACCAGACGCUCGUCGUGCGGCGGCGACCGCCGCGAGGUUUCCAAUGUCGCGAACAACGCCACCGAGCAACGUAUCGGUUGAUGCGUCUCAUGUGGAUGAAAUUGUACCUUUUGGGUACGACCCGUCGUGGAUGCUGCCGUUCACGAUGCAUGCACUGAUGUCAGGCGCCAUGGAUCCGCGAGAGGCUGUCGCCUGGGGCCUUGCCCCUCUUGCAGCUGCCGCGCUCGCGUCGCACGAUGAAAGCACUCGACGCAUCGCAUAUGCCAUCUUUUCCGUGAUGAACGAUCGGAUCAGUGAUCCUUUGUACUCAUUCCGUGAGCGAACACAGGUAUUGGCAUGCCUCAGCGCUAUGCGAAACGCGACAACUUCGUCCUUGAUGCGCUGGCCCUCUCCAGGGGCCACCCUGGCGGCUGAGUGCAUGCUUUCGUCUCUUUAUCCCGAGACAGAUACGUUCUUACCUCUGCAAAAGCAGCUGAAUAGGCGAGCCGCGCUCGAUUUGAGCGGACUGCCGAUGUUCCUUCCGAUGCUCAAUAGCGGAGACGUCGAUGCUCGGCAGCAUCGACUGUGGAUCCUCAGACUUCUUCGCGCCUCACUGAAGGAUGAGACUGACGCGACGAUAUUUCGUAAGACGUUCGCGCUCGAGGUCGUGAUGAGUCAUUACAGCGCGACUUUGGCGGAAUCUUACGCGAGAUUCCUGAUGCUCGAUCUCGUCGCGAGAGCGUGCGCUGUGUUACCGGCGGCGCGACCGCUCGUUGAAGGUGGUGGACUCAUCGCGUGGAUGGCCUCCAUAACGCGUGCGGCGUGCGUAAACGAUAAAUACAAUAUUCGCUCCGGUGAAACGCCCGCGCUCAGGGCGUCCACGGCCAAAGUUGCGACUGAGGCCCUGGUGACUUUGAUUCGUCAUAAGGGCUCAAUUUAUCUUGGCCCAACUGGGACGGCGGCGGAUUAUUUGUCUGCGCUUCAAACGAUCAGAGCUUCGAUCUUACGCGACGGCGACGAUGCAGCGAAUUCUGGUGUAGAGCUCGCCGGUCGUCGUGCUGCGCUUGGUCCAUACCUUAAGCUGCACCACGAGCUCGCAACGCGUCUGCGGCGGCGCAUCGCCGAAGUGGGCGAUCCGGUGGAAAUCUCCAGGCUCUGUCGCGUCGUCGACGCGGCGCCGAAUUCGAGUGCGCUUCGCGAUGACAUGUUCAAAGUCAUAGUCUCGUCCGAAGGUGGUGGGCGGUACGCCAAGAGGUGCACACGAGAGACGUUCCGCGCGCUUGCGGAUGCUGUGACUUUUUCGGCUUCGUGGGCCGCUGCGCACGCCACGGACGUGUCCUUACGCGUCUCUGUGCAAGCGGGCGAGGAUGCCUUCGAGCAAACCGCACGAUGGUGUGCGAACGCGCUCGCGAACGGCGGAAACACACUCGCGAACGCCCUUCUCAGCUCGCCUGAGUGUGGCGGGGCCUCACGCUUUGCCGCCAUCAUGUGCUCUUGCGAGCACCGAGCUAGUGACGACGCGCGACGGGCUCUCCGUCUACCGUCGAUCGCCGCCCAUCUGUGCUUGCUCAGGGCUGUUGAGAUAUUCGAUGACGAUACCGCGCUAUCCGACGCCGACGCGGCUAUCAAACGAACGAUCAAUGUCGUCGACGGAGCCGCUCUCGCGCCGGGUGGCGCGCUCGACAGAGCCGUCGCCGCGAGCGCGUCAGGUGAUUCGCGCGCCGGGACGCUUGCUCGAGCAUUCUUACGCGCCAUUUUUGCCGGCGUCGAACCUUCUGGCUUCGACGCCCUCGAGAAGAUCGCGGAGACGGGCGAGCGUGCGAGUAAGCGCACGCGAGCAUGA